AUGACUUUAACAAUCAUCAACCAAGCGCCAGGCACCACCGUCUUUAUUCCAGAUGUCCUUCUUCACGGAACCUCUUCCGAAAAAUACGGGUUGAUCCAAGUUCGUCAUCACCAAGGAAAUUUCCCCCCACAAACGUUCGAAGUUAACAGCCAUAACUUCAAGUUGCUCGUCCAUUUGGUUCAAGGUGAAAAUGAACUUAUCAUCACCCAAUAUUCUGGAAAAUUUGUCAAUGGUGUUCCUCAUUAUGAUCAAACUCCUACAUACAGGCCAAUUCAAUUGACUUACCACUUGAAUUAUAAAAAAAUGGUGGAAAAUCCAACCACUAACCUUUGUCUUCUUUUGGCCAAGGAUUCUCCAGGAGUCUUCGACUCCCCAGAAUAUAAAAUCAAACGUGAGGGUAAUGAUAUUAACACUGCCGUUAGAAAACUCAGGUUUGGUGCACGUCUCAUGGAAGCUUUCACUCUGGAACAAAUGCGUCGUAAUGGUUUCGGAAAUCGUUGUUUUAGAUUCACUGAAGAGGCCGCAAUUGACUCAUUAUCUUCACAGGAACGUGGGAAUGUACAACGUGAGACUGUGAAAGUGCAUGUUAUUCGAAUGGAUCAAACUGUUGCAGAAAUCCAUGAUCCAAAUGUCGCUCAACAGAACCCCAACGGGAAUAACACUGGGGCGCUUUUUGGCUGGGCCGCCGAUGCGGUUCGCAAGUACAUGAACGAAAACCCUGGUCUUGAAUCUUUCAAAGGGGAAAACUUUCAAGCUUCUUGUAUGAUCAUGGACGCUCAUUGGGAUCCUAGCCAGAAUCUUCUUUUGGGGCAUGCCGCUCUUGGUGGUAAUGCUGGAAACUUACGGUUAGCAAUCUUUGGAUCCCAAGGUCUUUGGUCAUGGCCAACUUGCUACGAGGAAUUGUACUCCGCUUAUAGCGAUUGUACCAAGAUUGACACCCUGGUAUGUGUCAAUGAUUGUAAUGAAUGUGGUAGUGCGUGGGAAGCCCUUAAUAUCUCCCUUGGAGCGUUCUUGCACGAAAUUGGUCAUCAUUUGGGUUGUCCGCAUCAACCAAACGGGGUUAUGUUACGUGAUUACGUGAUUCUUAAUCGUACUUUCAUGACUCGGGAAUUCCCUUGUAUAAGAACUGGGAAACCAGGAUACGAACCAGUAUUACCUACUGACGAAUGUACCUGGAAUAGAUUGGAUAUCAUGAGAUUUUUGUACCAUCCAUCGUUCCGCAUUCCUAUUGAUUUCCACGACGACACAAUUAUUAAAAAUGCCUGGGAAAUCGCCGAGGAGCCUGUCAUCUCAGAUAUGGAAAAUCGUUCGAUCUUUGUUACUGCCAAUACUGGGGUUUAUCUUGUGGAAAUUCACGUUGACGGUAAUCCACGGGCUCAAUUAGAAUUCCCGCCAAGGCUCAGUAAUAAUGGUCCAGGUCCACAAAAAGAAUUGGUGCUUAGUUAUCAGGAUUUGCAAAACCAUUUGAGACCAGAGUUCCGAGGGAAACCAAUGAAGUUGGAAAUUCUUUCCGUUGGCUUGAAACAAGCUACCGUGGAAAAUGAUACUUGGGAAGAUCCCCAACGUAUCGAACAUGAUUUCGGCUUGGGUCGUGGUACUCUUGCAGGUUUCGUCACCAGAUGUCAUGGUAACACAAACAAUGAUGAUACUGGGAUCAUUCCAAUCUACGGACAUGGAGCGUUGUCCAAUAUCAGAGUAUUCCAUGGUGGUGCUCUUGAUGGUAUUGAAUUUGUGCAUCCAGAAAGCCGAAGCUCUACACUUUUUGGAAAGCGUACCAAUGGUUACUCUGAUGUUCCAAUAGAUGCUGAUGAAUCAGUUGUAAGUUUCAAUGUUAGAUGUGGUGCCUGGGUUGACGCGGUACAGGUAGUAACCAAUAAGAAAGUUACUCCUUGGUAUGGUAAUGCUAACGGAGGACAUGGCGCAGUCAUUCAAUGUCCAACCGGUUAUCAACUCGUCGCUCUUAAAGGCACUGUUGGUGGUUGGGUGAAUAGUAUCCAAGGUAUUUACAUUAGGAGACAGAAAUAG